GGUUGAUCAAUUUGUUGAUUUAAUUGACAGGUUUGGUCACUACGUGGCAAGCAGUUUCCUGUUUAGAAGGACACCAGACGUUAGCCAUUGGAUUAGAGAAAGUAUACCAUCAUCGUGAAAGCAGGAGCAUCAGAGACCACGAGACUAACUUUAGCUGUGCUCACAAGAAACUGGGUGAAUAUUAUGCUGACCUGGAAGCACGCUGUCAGAUGUACCAUGUUUGUUUGCUGGACAUUGGUGGUCAAUUGAAGCCAACAAGUUUUGUCUGUCCAAACGGAACUAUUUUCAGCCAAGCCUCUCGUGUGUGUGGACCAGCUGAUCAAGUACAUUGUAACCUAGCAACCAACUAUUACGAGAGUCUGCAUGGAGAUUUCUACAGAAAGCGAGACGAUUACGGUGACCUCUCUGACCACAUUCAGUUCAUGAAAACAUUUCCUCAAUCAUCUAAGGUUUCUAGAUUAUCUAACAGGGGUGGCAUCAACGACUUUGGAGGUGAUUCGCAAAUUCCAGAAGAACAGAGAGAAUCCUUUGUAAUAGAAAGACCACCCAGAGUAAGGCCUCUACGUCGAAGAAAAUUGCGACGGAGACCAGGUCAAGCCAGAAGAAGAAACCAGUCAGGUCCUAGACGAUUCUCACAAGCAGACACUGUACAGGUUAUUGGUUCACGCAGAAGAACCAUUCCACCCUCGACAUCCGUAAAUGAACUUGAUUCAAUUCCUGAAAAUCACUCAGAAACUUCCUUUGCUCAUGCGAUAAGAACAAGUACGUCCAAGCCACCUGAUUCCACCGUUGGAACCAAUCCUAAUACCACAAUUACUGAAGAAACCCAGCCGCUUGUGAACCCAUUUGGUUAUCAAUCUCCAAAUAAGCCAGAACCACUACAUACUCUACAGAAAAAUGAUAAAGAACAGCCCGAACUUCUAAAGGAUAUCUCGCAACCCGGGAACACACAUUUAUACAGAGACUCUCCAAACAUCCAAAAAAUAACUCUUCCAGACAGCAGUCGUACCCCAGAAAUUCCAGUUGAAGCAACAACUGAAUCACAACCACUCACCCAGUUUAAUGUACAAUUGAAGAAAGAAAAUUCAGGUUUGCAAAAAAUUGAUUCUUACUCUAAGAGUCCAUUGUCAUUAGAUCAUUCUAUCGUCGAGGCAACAGGUCAACAAACGCUAAAUCCUGAGCUAAAGUUGAAUUUGGAAGAAACUAAUUCAAACUCUCCUAUAAAUUACCACCAAACAUCAGUGAAUCCAUUUUUAUACCAAUCAAUAAGUCGGCCAAAACUACUUCCUGAAGAAGAUGCAGAUUUAAACAAAGGGUUUAAUAAGGACAUAAAUACAAAAGAUAGUCAAUCUUUGAUAAAUUCGUUUAAUGAUGAUGAUGCAAAGUCACCUUUUCUGUCAGUAGAUAAAGUACAGAAACAAAACAAUUCUUCUGUUGUAGAAACACUACCCCGACCCAUCAUUUUGGAUGCAACUGGAAAAACGGAAAGGCCAUCUAGCCCUCGCUGGAUUGCAGGACAAGGCGAUACCCUCGACUCUUAUUCACAAGAUAACUCGAGCCCAAUUAGGUCAGAUCACUCCAGGGAUCAAAGCAAGUCCGAACACGAAUCAAGUAUUCCAUCUUCCCAAGAACCGAGAAGAAAACGAUUUAGAGUGCAACAGUACGAAAGAGGCACAGCUCCACCACCGCUACUAGCUGAUGGCCCAGAAAUGCUUUCACACAAACCUGUAGAACAACAAGACAUCAGACGUCUUCCUAAUAAGGAUCGUCGUCGUGGUUUAAGACGUCGGCAAGGUCGCAGAGGUCGUCCACUAAGGAGAAGGAAGGGUUUCCGCAGGCGACAGCAACUAAGUACACCGGAGGGAACACAGCAGAUAUCAGUAGGUGAUUCAAUACCUAAAAGUGGCAGUGAAAUUUUUAGAUUGACAGAAGAACAAGUAAAUAAUUUUACUCCACCUGUUGGCAGUAGAACAAAUUUGCAAAAUUCAAGAAGUUUAUAUAAUCUACACGAUUCUUCCUUAAAGAAACCCGUAGAUGAUGCUCAAGGUUCUGCUAUUCCGGCUGCAGCAUCUUCAUCUCAAUUUUCCAGAUUAUCAUUUUCACAACGUCAAAAUGCUGCUUUGCAGAAAGUUCAUCAAAAAGAUCAAGUGGGAAAUGAGCGAACCCAAUCAUUUCAAAAUACUUUUGUGGGUGAAACAAAUCUUAAUCCGAAGCUCCCAAGUGAUCCCUUUGCUGAUCGUUACCAAAAUCCCCACCGACAGUCAUCAACCAAAACUAAUGUAGAGUUGGUUAGUAAUGAUAACCUUGAGAAGAAUAGCACUACUAUUUUAGGUAAAAAACAUGAUCAGUCAGACGAAUUACAGUCUUAUUCACAGGAUUCAUAUUCAGGAGAACCAAAAACUUCUAGUUUUCAAUCUUCAGAACAUAACAGAACCAAUAAUGAAACACCUCCAAAACAAAAAACUACUCCGACCACAAAUUUAGAAUAUAAAUAUGUUGAAGAUAAUCAGUUUGAUGGGAAACUUCCAUUAUUCGCUUAUCAGUCACCUGAUAGAAAUGUUGAUGUGGUCCCCAAUAAAGAAGAUAAAAGUGUUGAAGAUAGUCAGUUUGAUGAAGAAGCAUCACUACUUCCCUAUCAGUCACCUGAUAGAAAUGUUGAUGUAGUCCCCAAUAAAGAAGAUAAAAGUGUUGAUGAUAGUCGGUUUGAUGAAGAAGCUUCAUCAAUCAUCAACACUUUUAUCUUCUUUAUUGGGGACCACAUCAACAUUUCUAUCAGGUGA